UUCCCAUUCCACCCAUUACUCGUUUAUGAGAAUAGAGACCAAAAUCUUUCAAUUUUCACUCUGCCUCACUCGACAGUCAUAGCGCGCCGCUUCUCUCUCAAUAUCGGGAAUUUUUGCUCAAUUUAUGUUGAAAUCUCAGUAUUGAAGCUCAAUUUUUGCUGAUAUUCUGUAGAGACCAAAGAAGAUUUUUGCUUUUGCUCUCAACAGAAAUGGGGUUAAGAGAUACGCUGAUGGUGUAUAGAAAUCUAAUAAAGGCAGUUGAAAAGCAUAUAGGGAAGGAAGAACACAAGGUUCAUUUCACUGACUUCAUCAGGGAAGAGUUCAGGAAGAAGAGAAAUCUUGAUUACCCAAAAGACCCUUCUUUUAUCCUGCAAAGAAUUAAGCUUGCUCAAAAUUAUACUUACCUUCUCAACAGUGUCCAUCAUCAUAAGGACUUAUUAUUUUCUUACAACAUUGCAGUGGAUAGAUCCAAUGAGAUGACGAAAGUGCUGGGUAAAUCUGCUGCAAGUGUGGGUCUCCGACUACCUGAUGUUUAUCAGUCUUGAAAGUUGGUUCUCUCGUAACGAACCAACACGACCAUACUCAUAGGAGGAAAACAUAUGAUUUCAUACUAGAUCCAUAUCAGAGGACAGUAACAACUUUGCACGAUGUUGACUUUGUUCCAAGAAAAACCUGCAACUAAAUUAGCAAGGCAGGAAGCCAUAAAUGCUUGCUUGGAUGCACUCAUGAAGGAUAUUAGCAGAUUCAAAGGCGGGUGUUGAAGCAACUGAAAAAGGCAGUCACAAUCGAAGCUGGAAAGGUAAAGCAGUGGUUGUAGGUUCAGAAACUAGUGGGAAUUCCAUGAUUCCUAAAUAUAAAUUUUUUGAUUUUCUACGAUUUCAUGGACACGCGGAUCCUUCGGGAUGGCUGAACAGGUGCGAGCCUUUCUUUCGAUGGCAGCAAACACCAGAAGGAGAGAAUUUUGGACUUGCUUCUUUCCAUUUGGAAGGUAUUUCAUGACUGGUUUCUUCAACUACAGAGACUUGCCAUCUUGGGAUGAAUGUCAAUGCAACCUUUCUUUUGGACCACCAAUUAGAAUUCAAAAGUUGGGAGAUUUGACCAAGUUACACCAAAUUGGAUUUGUGGGAAAUUACCAAGAAUAGUUUAAGCAAUUGGUUUCACAGGUUGGUACCCUUACACAAGUGCAAAAUAUUGAACUAUACAUUAGUGGUCUUGCUAAUUAUAUAGCAAUUGAGGUAAGAGUUGUAUACUCCUCCAGAUUUGACUACGACAAUGAGUAUUUUCCGUCUUUAUGAAUGCAAAAAACAACCCCCUUGUUCACGAUUGUUGGAUUUCUGUAGAUCAAAGAUGGAAUUUCUCACCUCAACAAUCUGCCAGGGUUGUGAAGAAAUUGACCAGAUCUGAAAUGGAUGAAAGAUGGGUUAAGGAACUGUUUCAAUUUUGACGAACUAUUUCAUUUGGGGUCAUCAGGGCAAGAAAUUAUUUUGGAUUGAUUUUAUUGUUGAUGAGGAAGAAUUUGAUGAAAAAGAGGGAAGUACUUAAUGCUUGAGGACAAGCAGGAUCUGAAAGAGGGGGAGUAAUGUUACCCCUUGAGCCUAGCAACAAUUUACUUAUAGAAAAUUUAAUCAGAAAGUAGAUUACUUCAACUUAUCUAUUAAUUAUGGUUUCCUAUUUCUCUGUAGCAGUAUAUAUAUAUAUAUAUAUAUAUAUAUAUAUAUAUAUAUAUCAGUAAGGACAACUUAUCUUGUAACUAUGUUUUCACAUUUCCUUGUUAUUAGGUGGUGGUUAAUCCACUAAUGUAUAUUUUAAGUUGUUUGAAUUUAAUGGGAAGGGAAGCAGAAAAUUAUU